UAUUACCAACUGCACAACGGCCGAGCAUGCUGCAAUAGCUCCCGACACUCGUGUAAUCUAUUCGUUUGUGUAUUAAAAGGCUAGGAAAGAUCUGCCGUCUUUGUUGCAUUCCAAAAUGGUCGAGGAAAAGGAGAAUACAGCCAGUGCAAACGCCGCUGCUGGGCAGGAGCCGGUCUCCAAGAAGGGAGCAAAGAAGCAAGCGAAAGCGGCCAAGAAAGCUGAGCAGAAAGCCGGCACUGCCGCUGCCCUCGCCGCGGAAGAUGCGGCCGGUGACAAUGCAGCGGAUCAUGCUUCAGCUCGCUACGGUCUCUCCGAGAUGAUACAGUCGAAAGAUAAGCGCAGCGAGCGCGAGUUUGUGUCUGUGCCCGAACUGAAUGCGCAUGUGGGCAAGAGUCUGGUCUGGGUACGUGGCCGCGUGCAUACGUCGCGCUCAAAGGGCAAACAGUGCUUCCUUAUUCUGCGCCAGCAGAGCAGCACGGUUCAAUGCAUUCUGGCCGUGGGCGACAUCAUCUCCAAGCAGAUGGUCAAAUUUGCCGGAAACAUACCGAAGGAGAGCAUUAUCGACAUCCAAGCGAAGCCAGUGUCUGUGCCCACCAGAAUUGAGUCUUGUACGGAACAGUUGUUGGAGCUGUGCGUGGAGCAGAUUUUCGUCAUUUCGCAGGCAAAGGCACAGCUGCCACUGCAAAUUGAGGACGCAUCUCGACCUGAAAACGCAGACGAUGCCGAGGGACUUAACAUACGCGUCAACCAGGACACCAGACUAGAUAACCGCGUACUCGACUUGAGAACACCAGCAAAUCAGGCCAUUUUUCGCCUGGAGGCUGGCGUAUGUCGUUUGUUCCGCGAUAUUCUGACCGAGAAGGGAUUCACCGAAAUCCACACGCCCAAGAUCAUUUCCGCUGCCAGCGAAGGUGGCGCUAAUGUCUUUACCGUCAGUUACUUCAAGGAUUCUGCAUAUCUGGCGCAGUCUCCGCAGCUGUACAAGCAAAUGGCAAUCGCUGCCGAUUUUGACAAGGUGUACACUGUUGGCGCAGUGUUCCGCGCAGAGGACUCAAACACGCACAGGCACUUGACCGAGUUCGUUGGACUCGAUUUGGAAAUGGCAUUCAAAUACCACUACCACGAAGUGUUGCAUACGAUUGGCAAUACGUUUACAGCCAUCUUCAAGGGUCUGCGCGACAAGUACAGCCGAGAGAUCGAAGCCGUUGGCCAGCAGUAUAAGGUGGAGCCAUUCAAGUUUCUGGAGCCGCCGCUUAUACUGCAGUUCGCGGAGGGCGUGGCUAUGCUGCGCGAAGCUGGCAUCGAGACGGGGGACGAAGAGGAUUUGUCAACGCCAAAUGAAAAGUUGUUGGGUCGCCUGGUGAAAGCCAAAUACGACACUGACUUCUACAUCCUCGACAAGUUUCCGCUGUCGAUACGUCCGUUCUACACGAUGCCCGACCCCAACAACCCGAUCUAUUCCAACUCGUAUGACAUGUUCAUGCGCGGUGAAGAGAUCCUGUCGGGCGCGCAACGUAUACACGAUCCCGAGUACUUAAUUGAGCGUGCCAAGCACCACGGCAUUGAUACCACGAAAAUCGCUGCUUACAUUGAAUCCUUCCGUUACGGAUGUCCACCGCACGCUGGCGGCGGCAUUGGCAUGGAGCGUGUCGUUAUGUUGUAUCUUGGCUUGGAUAACAUUAGAAAGACGUCAAUGUUCCCACGUGAUCCCAAACGGUUAACGCCUUAAACGUGAUCGAUUCAAAAACAAUAACUUAUAUUUUAUUGAAUUAAAUUCGCUACAAUCUUUUAUUUCCCUCUAACUUUCCAAUCUGUGAACCUUCGCCAACUCUCAACAUUUUUUUAUUUUAGUAGACGCCUGCUACUCCCUAAGUCUAUAUCCUCUUUUAAGAAAUUGCAUACUGCAAAGUUGUCUGACAACAAAAUUUGUAAAGACUGUUUAGGUCAAAGUGUUUAAAACCAUACGAAAUAAAUCUUUGCAAGUGUGUUUGGUAA